UUUACUCUCCCAAGCAACUAGCCAGCGAGCCUCACACCUUCCCACCCCACAACUCCCGCCUCGUGUGUGUCUGAGCCCACAGCCCACAGAGAUGUCCACAGCACCCCACAGCAGGAAGAAAGUGUGCUAUUAUUAUGACAGUGACAUUGGCAACUACUACUAUGGUCAAGGUCACCCCAUGAAGCCACAUCGAAUUAGAAUGACCCACAAUCUUCUCCUCAACUAUGGCCUUUACCGCAAGAUGGAGAUAUAUCGCCCACACAAGGCUACACAGGAUGAGAUGACCAAGUUUCACAGUGACGACUACAUCAGAUUUAUCAGGAGCAUUCGUCCGGACAAUAUGAAUGAAUACAACAAGCAGAUGCAGAAAUUCAACGUGGGUGAGGACUGCCCAGUGUUUGACGGACUGUAUGAGUUCUGCCAGCUGUCCUCAGGCGGCUCCAUCGCUGGUGCUGUCAAACUCAACAAGCAGGCCUGUGAUAUUGCUGUCAACUGGGCUGGCGGACUGCACCACGCCAAGAAGAGUGAGGCAUCUGGGUUCUGUUACGUGAACGACAUCGUGCUGGCAAUCCUGGAGCUCUUGAAGUACCACCAGCGUGUUCUGUACAUUGACAUUGACAUUCACCAUGGCGACGGUGUUGAGGAGGCAUUCUACACCACUGAUCGGGUCAUGACAGUGUCUUUCCACAAGUAUGGCGAGUACUUCCCUGGCACUGGCGACCUCAGGGACAUUGGUGCAGGAAAGGGCAAAUAUUAUGCCGUCAAUUUCCCGCUGAGAGACGGCAUUGACGACGAGAGUUACGAGAGCAUCUUUGUCCCUAUUCUCACCAAGGUGAUGGAGACAUACCAGCCGUCAGCCAUUGUACUGCAGUGUGGCGCUGACUCACUCUCUGGCGAUAGACUGGGCUGCUUUAAUCUCACACUGAAGGGACACGCCAAAUGUGUAGAAUUUGUCAAGAAGUACAACCUGCCACUGCUACUGCUUGGCGGGGGAGGGUACACGAUCCGCAACGUGGCCCGGUGCUGGACCUACGAGACAGCAGUGGCCCUCAGCACAGACAUAGCCAACGAACUGCCUUAUAAUGACUACUUUGAGUACUUUGGUCCGGACUUCAAGCUGCACAUUAGCCCCUCAAACAUGGCCAACCAGAACACUCCAGAGUACCUCGACAAGAUUAAAACGCGCCUCUUUGAGAAUCUGAGAAUGCUGCCUCAUGCGCCGGGGGUUCAGAGCAUUGCAAUCCCCGAGGACGGCUUGGCGGAAGAGAGUGAGGAUGAGGACAAGGUAAGCCCAGACGAACGUAUCUCUAUCCGCGCAUCGGAUAAAAGAAUUGCACCAGAUAACGAAUAUUCCGACUCAGAGGAUGAAGGGGAAGGAGGGAGGAGAGAUGAGAGGUCCUUUAAACCCAAGAAAAAGAGCAAAACGUCGGAAACGGCCUCAGCGAACAACGGGACUGACGAGGCUAUGGGGAAGAAGGAGGUGGUUGGGAAAGAGGAGAAAGGUGGUGGUGGUGGUGGUGGUGGAGGUGGUGGUGGUGCUGGCGGACAGGGCGAGGCAAAGGUCGAGUCUUGAUGUGCUUUGGUGUGUGUUUAGGGUGUGUUUUUUGGUGUUUGUGUGUGUUUGGAGAGUGUUUGUGUGUGUGUGUGUGUGUGUGUGUGAAAACUGUCUCUUGUGUUAGUGUGUUUGGAUGGCGUUUGUGUGCAUGUGUGUGUUUGUCAUACAUUUCCACUAAGUAUAAGUUUGAUCCUGUUUUUCCUUCCCGAUUUAAAACGUACCUUUAAAAAUACAAUAAAAAAACGACAAUUUUGUACACGUCAUCUGUUUGUUCCUGAGAGAG